UUCCUAGACAAAUUUUGUUCUCAGUUCAAACGAUUACAAAUUUUGUUUUGUACUCUGUUUUGUUUACAAAUGGAAUUUCAAAUUAAAAUAGGUAUCAGUGAUCUCACCUUCGCUUUGUUCCAGUGAGUCGUUCAACAAGCGCAAGAUCAGCAAUUAUUUUUGUCGACGAGUGAUAGUUAGAUAUGCCCUAGUACCACAACGACAAUGUCGCCGACGUUACUACUGCUGCUAAAACACGCGGUGCUCCUUGUGAUCUGCCUCGUCGGUGACAAACUUUUGCAGAUCGUUCAGAAGCCCCCUCUGCUCAGGGCAGCCGUGGACAACGUGACUCACGCCCUGGUAGGGCUGAUAGCUGCCGAAAUAGUGGUGCAUCAGUUUCGCGAUCAGCUGGGCAAGAGCGAACUCUGGUUGCUGAUUGGGUUCGGGUUCGGACUCGCCUCCUGGAUCGACGUUGACCAUUUUAUCGAAGCGCGCUCGUUUCACAUUCAUGACGCCACCAAUCUGACUCAUCGACCAUUCCUUCAUAACUCAGUGAUAUUCCUGGUGCUUCUCAUCGCGAUCUGUGUGCUGGUCCAGGUGCAGGACAAUUUCCGGCCGUUGAUUUGGACGGCCAUUGCUUUCGUGUCAUUUUUCACGCACCAUCUGAGGGAUGCAAUCCGGCGGGGGCUUUGGUUCCGAGCGCCCUAUCUCAACUACAGUACCGCUCCGGUGCUUUAUUGGCUCUACUUGGUACUGACGCAGCUGUGCCCGCACGCAGUGAUCCAACUGCUGCACAUGCAGGGUAAAGGAAGUGCGGGAGACCACUCGAUUCGAUAUCGACCACUUCAAGUAGUUUAAGCAGUUUUUACAGAGUGAACAAGCCUACUACAGUACUCAAUAUAUGAUACUGGUUCCACAUGGCAAUCGCUUCAAUUGCCCUAAACGUCCUAAGGUCCUCCUCAACUGCAUCUGACACAGGAAGGUUACCAGGUAAACUGCGACACCAAGACCGUCGACGAGAUGAUCGUAACGUGGAAGCAGAAGAAGUUGCAUGGGACGCCCCCAUCAACUGGAGCUCAAACACAUCGAUAAGGCAGCGUCGAAUGCGUAGUUGUUGCGGAGUGACCUCUCCACUGUAACAGCAGGUUUCAUGGUAGCCAUCCAGGACCGAGUAAUUGCGACGAAGAACUAUCGGCCGUACAUAUUGCACGAAGACGUGGAUGAAUGCUGUAGGAAGUGUAAUUCAGUUGGGGAAACGAUCGCGUAUGUCGUUGCAGGCUGUUCAGUGUUAGCUGAAUCAGCUUUCCUCGAUGGUUACAACGAAGUUGCUAAGAUUGUGCAUCAACAGCUUCCUUUUAAACACAACUUGGUCGACUACACGUAGCACCUGCACCCGGUUCUGGAAAUAGUUGCAUAAAACUGUACUGGGUGCGCGGGAACAUUACGGAUGCAACGCUCAUCGACAUCGCUGUACUGCUAGACCAUAAUGUCCAAUCAACUUUAUCCGGUAAGUUAAUCAAGUACCACGACCUAGCGGAGUGGGGACGAUCUGCGGACCCUACGCAGAGUGCGGAACUGGAGACAAACUGCCAUGGACCGAGUGGAAUGGAGACGGCUACUAUGUACAGCAGAGGCCACCCCGGCCUUAGCCUGAUUGGUAAGGUAAGUAAGACCUAGCGGAGAAGCUGAAGCUGAUUUGGCACCUGGAGAACAUCCGUAUAGUUCCGAUUGUCCUCUCGACAACCAUAAAUCUCUCCAGAGGUCCCUUGACGAGCUGGAAUUGAAGGAGGAACUGAACAGCAUCCUGAAAGCGGUGAUUCUUGAAACCUGUAGUCAUUAGCGGAGCCAGCUUUUUCUUUUUUCUUACUC